AGAGAGAUGUAAACUACAAAUUUAGAAAGCUGUGUCUCCUCUUCCUCAAUCAAAAACACAUUGAAGAAAACCCCUAAAACCCAACUCACAGUGGUUUUACUGGUUUUCCAAUGCCAAAAUGAGACGAAGCUCUACUAUCGGAAGAAACCUCCCUUACUCCAUUAACCUAUCCAAUGCAACACCCAAACAAACCCUACUCCCCUACUCUACUUCCUCCGCCGGCGGCGGAGAUGGCCGAGGACGAGGCCGAGGUACCAUUCCUCGCUUUGACUUCAACGCACCGCGAGCUCCGGGUCAGCCACAGCCCGAUGCCGUCAAACCCGACCCCGACGAAUCUCCGUCCUCUUUAGGACGUGGCCGUGGUAAACCCCUCGCUUCUUCCCCAAUUCUCCCCUCCUAUACCUCUUUCGUUUCCUCGUUCAAGCCUCCUUCAGCUGCUGGUCGGGGAGCACCCUCCGAUUCAGUUCCGAGCCCACCCGGCGCCGAACAGAGGACACCGGAGGAGUUCAGUGAUUCUGAACCCAAGAAACCCAUUUUCUUCAGAAGGGAAGAUGUUAUGGAUUCUGUGCAAUCUAGUGUUGUAGAUGGGGGCGUUUCGGACGCUGGGAAGAGUCGUCUCCCGGAGAAUAUUGCGUCGAUGAUGAGUGGUGCAGGUAGGGGACAAGUCAGGAGGCAACCACCGGGUCCAGAGAUCCAAACUAAGGAAGUGAACCGGCAUAUUCGGCCCCCAAAGGCUCAGGGUCCGGCAACUGAAAGGCGAGCAGUGCCGAAAAUGAGUCCGGAAGAGGCGCGGCAGCAUGCAUUGGGGGUAUUGGGGCGGGAUUCGGACGGUGCUGAUGUUGGAGAAGGUGGAAGAGGUGGAGGUAGAGGGAUGAGAGGAAGAGGCGGGCGCGGCCGUGGCCGUGGCCGGGGAAGAGGGACUGGAAGAGGGAGGGGUAGGUAUCAGGAUUCGGAAGAUGAGAAUGAGACAGCGUUGUUCGGUGACAGUGUUGAAGCGGAGAAAAUGCAAGAGAAGUUGGCCGAGAAGUUUGGAACUGAAGUUAUGACCAAAUUUACUGAAGGGUUUGAAGAGAUGGGUGAUAGGGUACUGCCUUCUCCAACGGAUGACGCCUAUCUGGAUGCUCUAGAUGUGAAUUAUAAGAUAGAGUUUGAACCGGAGUAUAUGAUGGGAGAUUUUGAGAAUAACCCAGAUAUAGAUGAGAAGCCACCUAUUUCUCUUCGAGAUGCACUCGAGAAGGCGAAGCCAUUCUUGAUGGCUUAUGAGGGCAUUGAAAGCCAAGAAGAGUGGGAGGAAAUCAUGAAAGAGACAAUGGAGACAGUGCCAUUGUUGAAGGAGAUUGUUGAUCACUACAGUGGACCAAAUAGGGUGACUGCGAAGAGACAACAAGAAGAAUUAGAAAGGGUUGCUAAAACUCUCCCCGUAAGGGCUCCUGAUUCUGUAAAGCAAUUCACUGAUCGUGCAGUACUUUCUCUCCAGAGCAACCCUGGCUGGGGAUUUGACAAGAAAUGUCAGUUUAUGGAUAAGUUGGUGUGGCGGAUGUCGCAGCAGUACAAGUAAGCUAAAAUAAUGCUCAUUUUAUGGUUGAUUUACAUGCCGAACCUGAACUGAUUCUGGGGCAGUUUGACCGUCGUAUGACGUAAAUUUUGUGCUCAACGUAUAUUUCUUUCAAAAGAAUUUCUUGUCAAUUGUGUUGUGGCACACAGAAAAUAGAACUUUUCUUGAUUUUUUGUAAUAAUUUCAAUAAUGUAUUCGACAUAAGCAUCUUUGGUAAAAGGAGUAUACUUACAACUUCUUUGGCUUGGGGGCUCUUUUCUGAACUGGAAAUUAGUAGUGUUGAGGAAAUUUUCAUGCUUAUUAUCUUUCCCUAUUAUUUACUAGUCUUUUGGAAUAUUUGUAGCUUGAGGUUGAGAAUGUGGUAUUAUUUUCCUUAA